GCUCCGCUGGAAACCUCCAGUCUCUGCGAAGAGAGCAGGUCAGAACCUGCAGGAGAGAGGACUUUUGUGUCCAUCUGGGGUAUACAUUGCAGUGAGGAUUCACAUAGCACAGGGGAUGUGUGUGCUCGUACUGACAACUCAUGGUUAUCUCAGAUGGUGCAGUAGAUUCUGCUGAUAAAAUGUUUCCAAAUAUGGAGGUGAAAGGUCACCUGAUUAGCCCCUGUGGGGUACCCACUACAGGUGGCUCCUCAUACGAUUUGACCCCCAAUCAGAGGGCUCAGUUGUUAUCUGAACUCACUCAAAGACAGCAAGAUCUGCAGGAAACCCUGAGACAGCGAGUGAAUGAACUCAAGCGGCUGUGUCUGCAGGAAGCGGAGCUGACUGGGCAGAUACCUGCGGAUUACCCCCUGGAAUAUGGAGAAAGGCCCCCUCAUGUCACAAGGAGGCCAAGAGCAGUGUUCCGCGUAAGCGCAGCUGUGGUCACCAGAGCAGAGGAAGUACAAUUAGAGCGUUUGGAGAGGGACUUUGCCGUGCAACUGCAAAUGACAGAGGCUGCGCGAAAGCUUAGCCUGGCUGCAGAGCAGAGUGUGGAGAUGACUGUAGAACAGCGGCGGAAAAGGAGGCUGGUGUAUCUGGAUGCGCUGCGAAGGCUACAGGAGCUGGAGGAGCAGAGUAACAAUCUGCGGCGUAAACUUGGCUUGAGGACAACACACAGAGUGCCACACAACUUACCUGAUGAAGCAUAUCAUUCAGAGAGCAGUUCCCUCUCAGAGACAGCGAGCCAUGAGGAUAUGAUAAACUCUGGGCUACGACCCUCUCCACCUCGGAUAUCAGAGCCAUCACGUGCAAUGUCGAGUAGUCCAGAACGAAGAGUUUGCUGGAAAACAUCACCUGCUGAGCUUUACUGUGAGAUUCGCAACCGUCGCAACUCAAUGGCCAGUACAGCAAGCCCCACUCGUUCCUUCCCUCGGAGUUUAUCCAGCCUUGAAGGUCGAAGUGUCCCUGCCACCCCCAUCCUUAGCCGCAGUGCCUGCAGCAGCUCUGCCUUGAGGUGUGAAGGCUCUGGUUUGUCCCAGCCACAGUGGUCUGGAAGUCAGGAUUCUCAGAUUGGUUUUCCCAAUGAGCGGCCUCCCUUACAUUCCUCACGGAAUCGACGCAGUAACAGUUCAGAGGCUUUAAUUGAGCGCCCUCCCCAUGAGGAACCUCCUGGAAAGCCAUCUUUUAAGAGCUCAGAAGCCCUGAGUGAAAAUAUUCCACCACCCCAACAUGGACCUCCACAGAUUCAAAGGGGAGCUCGCUCCCCAGACCCUAGAGCUCCAAAUAGCAGCUCACGGCUUCCAUAUGAGGACAUUUUGAUGGAUUAUUACAUAGAAAGGCAACAGCAACAGGCUCGUGGUUGGGCAGAGCCCGAAGGCCACUGGUGGAUCGAGCCAGAGAACCCUUGGUGGGUAGAGCAAGAUGGCAGUGGCCAUUAUUCUAGGAGGGAUGGUUAUUAUGAAGGGUACCCUGGUAGCCCGGCACUUCGAAGUCGUGCUGAGACCCAGCAGCGCAGGAACGCUGCCCGCACCAAGUCCUGUGGCCCCCAACUUCCUGCCCACUUCCAACAACCAUGGCAUCAGGAGGGUUUUCCUCAGAGGUCCUCAGCCCAGCACCCAGGGCCACGUUCUCGGAGUCAGCCACGUGGACCAGCCCCUGAGGCUUUGGAAAGAAGUGUGCACAAAGCUCUGGCCUUAGAGGGGUUAAGAGACUGGUACCUGCGUAAUGCAGCAGCCACAGGAGGGUCAAAUCGUGGCCCAGCUACUCAACAAUAUCAGCGCUACUAUCGCCCUGGGUACCAUGAUGGACACUACCAGACAGGCUCCCCUCUUCCUCAUUCUAUCAGCUUCACUGGGGCCCCUCUACAUGACAGGUAUGAGAUGCUGUAUUAAAACCCCCUCUUGCAAGAUGAUCCUGAUCUCUACCAAUCCUACAGGUUUGCCUUCUUCACCCAGAUUUGACUCCCUUACAGAACAGCAUGAUGGGGUGGGGGGGUAUCACACUGUUCUUCUGUUGAUUGUUGCAGUUAAUAAUUAAAGGGGCAAGUACAGAGGAUGCACAAGAUGCAGUGUGUAUAUUGGUGAUUUUCACCUUAAUUUGUGAUUGUGAACAUAACCGGAUAUGUUACAAAUCAUUUUACCAGGACUGAUGUGUAUUCAUGAACAUUAAUUGCCAGAUAAUGUGCAACUCUCUGUAAUGCUCCUUUUAGAAUUUCUGCUGCUAUUGCUGCCAACAAGUUUCUAACGCUUCUUUCUGCUCUCCUCUUUCACGUUUAUGUUCCCUCCAUGCUUUCAACCAUUCCCCAUUUUUAUACCUCCCCUCUCUAUGGCUCCCAAAUUACAUCAAUCACUCUACUCCCUAUUUAUCAUUAUACCUCUAUGUCACACUACCCUCCUUUCUAUAUAACUUUGCCCUUUUAUGUCUCUGUAACUAUUCCACCAAUCUAAUUACUUCACUCUACUUUCCCCCAUACCAUGUUAUUUUCUUCACUUCACACUCUAUCACCUUCAAAACUCCCUCCUUAUUUAUUUCUACAUUACACUUGUCUCUUCUAUUCAAUACUGCCGUCUAUUUCCCCCUUCACUCUUCUUUUCCUAUAUUAUCAUUUUUGUUGUCCACCAUCUGUUCUACCACCCGACUUCCUUUUCUUUUUCUCAUCCAAUUCCAACAUUUCAUAUUUUUCUCAAUUUCCUUGAUGCCUCCUUGUAAUCCCCUUUCUUUUAUUACAUCUCCAUACCUCACUCUGCUCUUUGAUUCGCUCCUUUUUAUCGCCGCUUCUAUAAUUAAUCACUUCCAAUUUUCUAACUCUUAUUGCAUUCUCUCUCUCCCAUAACUUGUGCUCUCCCUUCCACACACCGUCUUCUGCUUGCAUUUCAUGCUUGUCCUGUCAUGCUCAGACAUUUCUCAGAUAUCCUAGCUGAUGAGGAGGUGUAUCCACAGCCUGGUACGCUGAGCCGGGCACAUGGAGAAAGAUCUUCAGAGGGUACCCCUCCUGGAACUUUAGUCUGACAUUAAACUACAGAGGAAAUAUCUGCUCAUGAGUCAUGACUACUGUUAGUUCCACGUUAGUACGUGGGGUUCCGCCCUUUCUCCUUUUAUGCUUAUUGAUAGCAAUAAGACACAGGAGAGAUUCAAUACAGAAUGUCCGUGACCAACGAAAGAAAGGAUCUCUGUUGACCAAUAACCUUCCCUGUCGUUGAUUCCUCCACACUAAGUGCAAUAAUGCCCCAGAGCUGGCAGUUAUAUUUUUUAGUUUCAGCAAUUUAAUGGAAAUUGUGAACAUUUUGUUUCAAACCAGAGGUAACCAUAGAGUGGUUCUGCCCACCUAUAACAUAGACAUUAUGCAUUAUGCAUAUCUCCAUCUCAAUCUGCUAUAAUAAUUUUAACAAGUGAAGGUUCUGAGCUUCCAUCAAUUGAAGGCAACAUAAGAUCAAGAGUCUAUUGACUUCCAAUGGAACCCAAAAGGAGUCAAAUUAAUCAAACACCAAAUAUAUGUGAACUGCAAUAUAAACUACUUCAGUGUUAGAAUGAGCAUGACUUCUCCACCUCUAUAUAUUUAUUGGAAAGGAAUAUGAUUUAAGUCAAUAUAAAUAGUGAUUUGUGUUGUUUUUUCACCUGGGCAUGUGCCACUGGAUGUAUGAUACAUGUGCAGAGAAUUGUUAUGCAGAUGCUGAAGGAAAGGGGUGAAAUAUGUUGACAAAUAAUGAUAUAGGAAAGUACAAAAUUAUACUGAAAGACAUUCAGAGUGAUGGUCAAAGACACCAAAGAACAAAGGGAAAAUAAUUCUCAAAAACAACUGUCAUUAUGAAUCAGACGCAAACACUGCAAAUCGAAAAACAGUUGCAUUACAAUCAGCACAGGUAAGAGAUGAGAGCCCUGGGGAGUCCCUGAUGGGGGUAACAACAACAAGCCAAGUACACUGGAAAACCCAGUGGGUACUCAUAAGUGGACAGUGGAAACUCUACAGUGGGAACAGGAGUACCUACAGGUGGGACACAAGAUUACACUGGAGGUCUUGGUGGACACACAAGCUGAAAUUGGAGGACUUGGUGGACACAAAAGCUGACACUGGAGGAUUCGGUGGACACACAAGCUGACAUUGGAGAACUUGGUGGACACACAAGAUGACACUGGAGGACUUGGUGGACACACAAGAUGACACUGGAGGACUUGGUGGACACACAAGCUGACAUUGGAGGAUUUGAUGGACACACAAGCUGACACUGGAGGAUUUUAUGGACACACAAGCUGACACUGGAGGUCUUGGGGGGGGGGGGCCGACAGACCCUGGAGGAUCAUGGAAGGAGGGUCGCAGGGAGAUGAUCGAGGACCAAUAGUUGGGUAAAAGCAGACACUGGAGGCCAAGGGCACUGAGCUGGACUUGGUGCCAUAAAUUGCAAAGAAAGAUUCUCUUUUUUGUACUUUUUUCUGUGGACUUGACUGUGAUCUGACUUACUAACAAUGAACUGUCCCUGACAAGCACUGUGCAAUAUGUAUAUAUGAAGCUUUUAUGUGGGGGUCUUUAUUUGAUUAUGGGGAGAAAUAAUAAAAAAAUAUAAAAAUUAA